ACCAGCGGCCCCCGUGCCGCCCGCCGAGGGCUCCCGGGGGGGACGGGACGGGACAAACCGAGCAGCCCGUCCCAAGCCCGGCCCCAGCCCUCGAGCGAGCAGCCGGCCAGCCAUGGCCGACAGCUUGAGGAGGCUGGUCAGCGCCGAGAGCUGCCGGCUGCUGCAGGAGAAGCUGGAGGACUGGUACCGGGACUACGAGAUUAAUACCUGUGAUCAGAAUCUGAACCGAUGCUGUGAAAUAAUAGAAAUGAACUCUGUGAUUCAAGGGCAGCUCUUCACAAUCCUCAAUGAAACAUCUCGAGAAGGUGGGCAUUAUGCAGGUGUAGAAACAAUAAAAACUCGUCUUCUGCCAUGGCUAGGAACUUGUUUUUCCUGUGCUACUUCAGGAGGGCUCUUUGAAAGUGGCCUCUCUUUCAUUCAGGAUUCGAUUGAGAAAGAGAGGCAGCUGAGGCAACUGGCCACCAGUCAGACUUUUCAGCUGCAGGAGCUUCAGGAAGAACUCACUUCAACGCGUCUAGGGCUCAACCAUGUGCAUCAAGAUCUGAAGGAUUCCCGUGCCCGAGAGGAGGACUCUCUGAGGAAGUUAGAUCGUUGGAAUGAUUAUGAGCAGCAGAUUCAAAUGCUGCGGGAUGAGAUUUCUAUCCUGGAUGCCCAAAAGUCUGUUCUCCAGAGCAGACUUGCGCGGAGCCGCUCUCCUUCCCCAAGACGCAGCAGGUCACCCAGUCCGCUUCCCUUGAGGAGCUGCUCACCUGGCCGAGCCAGGCGGACAAACGCUUCCCGUCACGCCUGCCUGGUAGCUCGCUUCGGUGACAUCUAUGCUCAUGAACGCUUGGAUGCAGAGACCCUUUUGAGGACAUACAUCACUGACAAAGAGAUGGUGCAGAGGAUAAUAUACACUGCAGCUGUGGAGUCUUUCCAAGCAGCGAAGAUGGCCUACAGGCAAUUCAAAAUGCGUGUAAGAAAGACUCUGUCUUUAGGUCACACAGGGCUUGAGUCACUUGAAGACACUGUCCUGGAUUAUAUAGUUCGCCAUGAGGAUCUGUACGAUGUUCAAGCCAGUGUCAAUGAAGUAAUUCGCUCCAUGAACAUGAACCCAAAGAUUUCAUUCCCACCAGAAGUCGAUUUCAUUGUGAUCAGCAGUUUGAUUCGAGAGCUCUGCCGUGUGGCUUUUUCAAUGCAGACCCUCAUCCCUCCUCUUGAUAUUGCCUUUGGUAUGGAUGGCGAACUCUUCAGUGAGACCAAGUACCAUCGUAGUUUGGACUCUGAUUUCACAGCUGCUUUGGUGGCCUAUCAUGUAUGGCCUGCUUUGAUGGAAAAUGAUGUUGUAAUUGUGAAGGGAGAGGCAGUCACCAAAAGAGGAGCUCUGUGGUCUCGCAGGAGCAGAAGUAGAAGCAGAAGCCGGAGCUGUAGCGUGAGUCCUCUUCUAUCUCAUUUAUCUCGAAGCCGCAGUCCUUCACCACUGAGGAGCGGAAGCCCAAGACAUUAAGAUAACUGGAUAAGUUUCUGUGAUUCUGUACAUCUGGAUCCAUCGACUUUGCUGGUGCCUCCUCCUCUUCAAGGAAUACCUCAAAUGUAACAAUGUGAAUGGCAAUUGUCCCUCCAAAAGGAGCGUUAUAUGUUGUGUGGUUUUUGUGUGUAUUUGUUAUUAUAGAAGGCUUAUUUAGGACUUUAGAAAUUAAUUCAACCCUUUGAUUUAAACAAAACAACAACAAAAAAAGUGCAUGCAAUACAGGAUUGUACUAAUUAUCAAAGUUUACAGAGCACUGAGGUACCCAUGCUGUAAUCUUAUGGAUGGAGAUAGAAUUAUUGCAUCUAGAAUGGCUUCCCUAGAUACCAAAUGAUACAGUUUGACAGGAUGUUUAAUGUAACCUAAAUGGUGAAUGUUACAGAAUGUUGAGGUUAGCUGUUAACUUGAAAACAAUUUAAUUAUCUGGUGCUUAUUUACAGUUUUAGAAAGCAGCAAUAAUCUUGCGAUGUGCAAGUCUCAGCAUCCUUUGAGAUCUCUAAUCUCUAUCAAUAAUCUGAAUUUUCUAGCUACAAUGCAAAACUCACACGGAAUAGUGAUAAACUACCAAUAUUCUAUCAGUCCCUAGGACUUUAUUGACUUCUACUUUUGAAAGCAUAGAUAUGUGGUUUUAGCAAAGCAGUAAUAGUCCUUGUUGAAUUCAUUGCUACUUACAUUUUUUUAUAUUCAUUUCUAAUUUGGACCUUAAAAUAUUCUAAAAGUGUGCCAAUGACUACAUGUAGGCCUGAAAUAUUUUCUUGUGGUAGUCUAUUCAGUAUUGCUUUUGAUGGACUUCAUACUAGCCUGAUAAAUUAGUAGUUCCUAUAAACACAGUCAAAAAACUUGCCCGGUUAUCACUUAUUGUGGGCAUAUAUCACAUCUUAAAUGUAAAAAUUGAAGACCUGAAAAGCUUUCAUUCUUCCAUUUUAAAUACUGGUCGUUCCACUUGUAAAAGUUUAUUUUAAUACCAGCAUUUUUGUUUUCCAGAGAACUGGUAGUCUUUCUCUGAACCUCAUCUAUAGGGCCAGCCUUAAGUAUAAGCCACACAAGUGGCCGUUUGGGGUCGUCUUGUGUUUUUACAUAGAAACAUAGGAUUUGUCAUAAUGGAUCUGUUAUGUAAUUCAUCAAAUCCACUGUCUCAUUCCAGUCAAUACUUGAUGUUUCAGAGGAAUGUGGAACUUUCCCAGAAUUCAUCUGCAAUUUUUGAUAUAUAAAUAAUCAGAAUCAAGAAGAAAUCCUUUCUGCCUCCUGUUGCAGUAGCCUAUGCAGUGGAACAUGACAGUUCAUUAGUAUUCCUAUAAUAGCAUGAACAAAAAUAUUCUUAUUAGUUCUGAAAUUAUUUAGUCCUUAAAAUUAUGUUAUAGGAACAAAUUAUAUGAUCCCUGGAAAGGUCCCUUGUACAGAUUUACACGUCCAUGCUCUUUCUCUCUACUUCUUGUGUGGUUUAAGACUUUGGCACAAGGCUCUUUGGCACAGGGACAAACUUCAGGCAGACUUUAGCACUGGCCCCCAUGCACCAUGGAUCAGCUGUGACUCUUGUUCUACAGAUGUGUUUUCAUUGGAAUUAGGCCUGUUAGGAGCCAGUGAGAACAAAAUGCAGUCCCAAACACAGAAGCUUCUCUGAAUAAAUGAAGGCUUCUCUGAAUAAAUGAAGAAGACACAAAUGAAAAAUGAAAGUUGUUAUCUGAGAAAGUCACAAGAGAAAAUGCAAAGUGAUAUGUUUCAUAUUCUAAGAGCCUACUUGUUAGUCUCAGCCAUGGAUCUGGGCUUGCAGUAAACCUGCAUAUUUCUGCACUGAUCUCAUGACUCAAAACAUCAGUUGUGGAAAAACUGAGCACCUGCAACUUGUGUGGCAACAGAAGAUAAUUAGUUAUCCCAAGUAUGGUUUUGAGCAACAAAAUGGAGAAAUUCGCAAAAUCUUUUAAUUAGGAAGGGCUAAAGAGAUGUAGGUCUUUUUAAACUAGAAAGUAUAUUUUUGUCUUCUACAUGUAAUUACCAAGGUAUGUCUUUGAGUUGAAAUAAGUUUCCAUACCAACUCAGAAAACUUAAGACCACACCAAGGAAGUAUAUCUUUUCUUGACAAACAUGGGAGGCAGGGUAGUUCCAGACUUGCACACACGUAUGAUGACACUAGGAACUAGUGUUCCCAAACACUUAAAAAUGCUAUAAAAUAGAGAUUCAUAGUGCUUGGUAAAAUAGAAAACCGAUGAAAUGACAGACAAUUUGUUUUUGUAGUGACAAAGUUCUAGGAAUUUUUUGCAUGAUGUUUCAGAGCAGAACAAACAAUUUUCAGCUAAAUAGGAAGUCAAUCUGCAGUAUGGUAGCACUUAAUUGAACAAUUUUUACUCUACUCCGUUGUAUUUUGCAGCCAGUCAUCUUUUCAUAGGAAUAUAGAGUUUUGUACUUAUUGCCUGCACAGCUGAUUUAUAGCCAAUUAAAUCUGUAGGUCAGACAGAGGAUUGCUUCUGGUGUCACAUUAGACAUUGAGAGCUGCUGUGCUUCUUUCUAUCCACAUGAAAACUGCAGAGAAUGCAUACCAAUAAAGAUUAUAUGUAAUUAACCGUCAAAUGCAAAAGAGCUUGUAAGAUACUUUUGCAAAGGAUUUUUUUGGACUUUUGUAAUUGAUUGCAAGACACUAUGAAAGAAUGGUGAAUGGGUACAAAAUUAAUGACUUGAUAUUUUAAUAAGAGUUUUUAAAAUCUUAAGGUUUUUUUUUUCUUUUUAAUUAUUUUCUCUAAAUCACAGGAAUGGGUAAUGCCACAUUUGUAAAUGCAGCAAAGUAGAAACAGUACUAUAAGGAUGGAUGCUAACAGGUGACCAAUAAAAAGUCCGUAAGGCUUAUAUUACAAGAUAGUUUUAGAAUAGUAUGACCUAUGAUCAAAGUGAUAAUCUGGAGAAAGAAGGUUAGAUUUUGAGCUAAUUUAAACUUUUUGGAGAUGGACUGAUGGAAGUGAGACUGUACAAAGUGUAAAAAAGCACCACCUUUGGGCACCUUUAUAGUUCUCAAGGAAAUGUUAACUGUUUUAAAACACCACCUUUGGGCCAAGAUAUUCAUGUAGGACACCAUGCAUGUUUGUAAGGGAUUUUGGGGUUGCUGGAGAAUUUCUACCACACAUCAGCUUUGUGAAGGCUGAUGUUGUCUGGCUUAAUUCAAAGCCUGACUCCCAAGUAGUCUAAACACGUGGGUGUUUUAUUACACAUUUCUGGGAAAAUAAAAUGUCAUCAAAAUAUCUUCAGUCUUCCUUCUUCAGUAUUUGCAGCUGAAUGACAUGAAGUACAAACUCAUGCCUAGCUAGCAGAUACUGAGGACAAAUGGCUCAGCUAAAUUUGCUACUGCACGAUGAAGUUUCAAACUCAGAAAUUAUCUUAGAUCAAUUCUGCCAACAACCUGAUAGGAGAAAGAAAUCUGGGAGCUGAUGGAGCCCUCCCUCUUAAUCUGGGUGGCUGUGAGUUGUGCUGCUGGUUCAGCCUUGUGGGAGGCUCCAGACAUGAGUGGUAAGUUGAAGCAAACAUACCCUACAGCUCCAAGAAAGUAAAUGUGAAGGCAACAAUUAUCCAAUGCUCCCUGGAAAAAUGUGCCUGUACAUCAUCCAGGACUUGAGCCUGUUAACUUCAUUUUUAUACUGCAUGUAUGUAAUGCAGAAGUUUGUCCUCCAGUAACAGUGCCAUCAGAAUUAAAUACUGUCCUUCGGCUUUAUGUAACCUUCACCAGCCAGUUUUGAUUGGCGCUGACUGCACAAUGAUUUUCUUAUUGUAGCAUUAAGUAGUCUAGCAUUGUAUUAAAGAAAUGAAAAUCGGUUUGUUAUGGCUUGCAGCUAUAUGAGCAUGUGUUCAGAUUGUUUUAAAUUUCAGGACUGUACUUUAUUUCUUUCAGUCAUACAGCAUACUAAUCAAUUUUACUAAAAAUGUACAUUUCAUUUUAUGGUUGAAAAAUUGGAAGCAGUUUUCUGACAGCUUAAAACAGCAUGUGUAAGCAAAGCUGGCAGGCUCUCACUGAUCUACAGGUGUGUUGUCUACGUAGAAGCUGUACCUUUCACUCAAGAGGCAGAGCACAAACCUAGACCUCGCCAUGUCAUGCAACUUCUAGGAGAGGAAAACAUGACACAGAUGAAGUGGGUAGUGUAUUUACAUUUUCUUACAGCUUUCAGAAUACAAGCUUUCUGCCUUGCAGAAAUAUAGUUCUUAAGGAAAUGUUAACUGUUUUAAAACAAAGUGUCAGCGUAAAGAUACCAUUUAGCACCGCUAGUAUUGCUUCCCAUGAAUCUGUUUUUUCUUAAUAUGCUUUGGUCUGCAUUCAAAUGAAUUGCUUUAACAGAAACAGUUUAUAGAGAGGGAUCAUUUUAAGCUAUUGUCUUCUCUUUGUGGUCACUGGCGUUCAGCCUUUCUGAGUAGAGGAAUAUAGUCUGUCACAUAAAGUGGGUAUAACACCUUUGUAAACUGUUUUCAGGACCUUCAGUGAAAACCUGCCUGUGUGAUACAUGCACACACACCCCAGCAUGACAAGACAAACAUUUAUUAUUUGGAAGCGUCAUCCUGUAUUAACAGAAAACAUUUUGCCUUGUGACCUUUCAUACAGUUUGUAUCUUUUAUGGCUGACUCAGUUAAUAAAAGGUAAACUUGAUCAUUUCUACAUGCAGCUGUAAUUUGGGCAGGAACCUACCUAACCAAAACCAGGCACAGAUGAGCUGUGCCAGUCUGUUAUGUAUAAAUACAAUUAGUGUUUUCAUUUCCAAUCAGCGUAUGGUGUAUUGCUUGACCUAAAGAGCUUGUGGUUUAAAUGAAGUACUGUCUUCAGGUUCUUCAGCCAUGAAAUCAAUGAAAUGCAUAUGAAAUGCAGAAUUUCACCAUUUUCAGUUGAUUAAUACCAGUCAGUACCAUAUGUUUUUCUCACCCAGUCAUCUUCUGGGAUGACUAACUGCAAUGUGAAUAAUGUUUGCAUUUCAAUUAGCCUGAAUAAAUGUCAUGUUUUAAACUAG